UAUUCAACAUGUGUAUGGAGCUCAGCAUCCACCUUUUGAUCCAUUAUUGCAUGGAACCUUGAUAAAACCAGGUUCAAAGGCACCUACAACUCCAGUGAAACUAAAGAAAGUCAGCACCUUCCAAGAAUUUGAAAGUAACACAAGUGAUGCUUGGGAUCUUGGGGAUGAUGAUGAUGAACUAUUAGCAAUAGCUGCUGAAAACUUAAAUACAGAAGUAGUCAUGGAAACGGCUCACAAAGUAAUUCAGAAUCACAGCAAGUUACAGGAACAGCAUAAAUUUCAGGAAGAACAUCUACAGGAAGAAAAACAAGUAGAAUCUGCAGAGCUAACUUCAAUUACAUGUGGUGAUAACAGGCUUGUUAAAUCAGUCAGUGAAGGUCAUACAUCGAGUUCAUCAGAUAAUGCUAGUGAAAAUUCUUCCAUUCAGAGAUCACAGUCCCUUCCACAAACUUCCACACCUCCCUUGGUGAGUGGAGUGGCAGACUAUAAUACCUCAGUUACUCCUGCAUUAACUGAAAGAGAAGCAUCCCGAUUAGACAAAUUUAAGCAGCUACUUGCUGGCCCCAAUACAGAUCUUGAAGAAUUACGGAAAUUGAGUUGGUCUGGCAUUCCCAAACGGGUUCGUCCAGUUGCAUGGAAGCUUCUUUCAGGCUAUCUUCCUGCAAAUGUGGACCGAAGAGAAAGCACUUUAAAAAGGAAACGCAAAGAGUAUUUUGCAUUUGUUGAACAAUACUAUGAUUCCAGAAAUGAUGAAAAUCACCAAGAUACCUAUAGACAGAUCCAUAUAGAUAUCCCACGCAUGAGUCCUGAAGUUUUAAGGCUUCAGCCCAAAGUAACAGAG